ACUUGAGCCACCAGAGGGGUCACGUGACGAACCCCCUCGUCGCCCUUCACUAUUAAAUCGCUUAAAUAUUAGUUGCCAUUUUAUAUACGGCAUUGAAUAUAGCGAGUUCGACCCUUGCAGACUUACUGUCAAUCAUGUCACUUAAUGCUUGAGAGUGUCGGUAGCAGAAUAAAGGCGCGAUAUUUAGUAUUGAUCGAGCAAGUGUGUUGGUGAGGCACAGUCGGCGGCCAUGGUGGAGGUGUAAGUGAUUAUCCACACCCGUACACCCACACAGUAUCCACACCGCCAUGGAGGUGGUCGGGGAGUACGAGUAUAGCACCAAGGACCUCAUAGGUCACGGUGCCUUUGCCGUGGUGUUCAAAGGUCGACAUAAACAGAAACCAUCGCUUACUGUGGCCAUUAAAAGUAUCACCAAGAAAAACAUCGCCAAGAGCCAGAAUCUCCUCAGUAAAGAAAUAAAAAUUCUUAAGGAGCUGACGGAGCUACACCACGAGAACGUUGUGGCCCUUCUCGAUUGCAAGGAAACUGUGAACCAUGUCUUUCUGGUGAUGGAGUACUGUAACGGGGGCGACCUGGCCGACUACCUUCAUGCAAUGGGCACGCUGAACGAGGGCACCAUAUGUCUCUUCCUAAUCCAGAUGGCGGAGUCGAUGCGAGCGUUGUACGGGAAGGGCAUCGUUCACCGCGACCUCAAGCCCCAGAACAUCCUCUUGUCUCAUGAUGGCAAGCCUAACCCACCACCUGAUAAAAUCACUCUCAAAAUCGCUGACUUUGGCUUUGCAAGAUUUCUCCAAGAUGGAGUAAUGGCAGCCACAUUAUGCGGUUCUCCUAUGUAUAUGGCUCCAGAGGUUAUCAUGUCAAUACAGUACGAUGCCAAGGCCGAUCUCUGGUCAUUAGGCACCAUUGUGUUCCAGUGUCUUGUUGGCAAGGCACCAUUUCAUGCCCAAACUCCACAGGCUCUGAAGCAGUUUUAUGAAAAGAAUGCCGAUUUAGCACCAAGAAUACCUGCUGGAACGUCACCAGAAUUAAUAGAUCUUCUCAUGGGGCUUCUAAAGAGAAAUGCAAAAGAUCGAAUGGACUUUGAAACAUUUUUUAAUCAUCCAUUUAUGCUUCUGAAAAGAAAUGAAAAGAAAAGUACUGAUGAGAAGCCAGCCUCGAGUAGUGGCUCAUCUUCUGUGCCUAUGCCCACAACCUUACCCACACCUGCAGCUACACCAAAGCCUGUUAAACGUGGUGGAACACACACACAACACACACAGCCAGCUCCAAGCCCACCUAUUGGUAACCUUCCCCCAUCACCAGAGGAACUUCGAAUGAGCAUUGACCAACGAAGUGGGAAUGAUCUUCCUUCAGCAUCUCCUGUAGUUGCCACCAAUAUACCAAAACCCACGCCUGUACCCAGAACUGCAAGUACACAAUUGCAAGAGGAAACAGAAGACUUUGUUAUGGUUCCUACUCAUAUCCCUAAUGAGCCAGAAGCAUCAAGAGUUCCACAAGGGUGGGGUGGACGUGUUCUGGCCAAACCAGGAGGGGUGGUUUACCAGAAAAAUCCUCCACAGUAUGGUCCCCUCACACCCCAAGUCCCUACAUCUCCCAGACCUUCUCAUCUUCCAGUCCAAGGUGGUAGCAGUGGUAGCACACACUCCAGCAGUAGUAGUGAAUCUUGUCGAUCCGGAGAGCCUGUCCCUGUUCCAUCCCAGCGAGCUACGUUUCAGCAGAUGACCUCUUCUGGCUCUUCAGAUCAGAUAUCUGCCACACUCCAACCCGAGUCUCCUAGACAUCAGGGAAUGUCGAGUAAUCGACCCUCGCCUCCACCUCGCUCACAACCAAUUAACAUGCGUAGAGUGUCUGAUCACAAAGCACCUGAUGUUGCUUCAUUGUCACCUCCUGCUGUUCAGUUCACCAUUGGUGAUCCUCCUAUGGGAGGGCGGCGAAGGUCAACAUCAGGGAGUUCAUAUUCAACAACACCACCGACGACUGUCGGGGUUACUGGUAACACCCAGGUAAUCCCAGGAGGUCGUCUCACUCCCACCAACUCACCUUUACGUCAGUCUGGCCGUCGUACACCUCCUUACGUGCCUCCCCAACUUUUCUCAGCUCCCCCUGUGCUGCCCCCUAUCCUUGGCUCUCCCACAAAAUUAGGUUUUGGCCAAGAUAACCCUGCUGGUGACAUCUGUGGCAACACCACCAACCUGCCUCACACAGCCCCACAUCGUGCUAUUACACUUCCUGAGAUGACCUCUGUAUCACGUGACCUCUUUAUGGGUGGUGCACAAGAUAUGAGUGUAGAUAGUAGUGGACUUCAGCGAUCGCGAACAGAGUCUCAUCUCUUGGAAUGGCAAGCUCGUGCUACGAGUCCACCUAAUCCUGGGAGACAACUUGUACAAUAUGGCCAGUCUGCACCAGCAUUCCUUUUGCAGGGUACACCAUUUAGUCAAGCGGACGGACAAGAUACUGUAGCUUUCUAUGCACCCCCUCUUCAUCAAGAAACUCUAAUGGAGCGUGAACACAAUGAAACAUUAGCCAAGCUAAACUUUGUGCUUGCAUUGGUAGACUGUAUCCUAGAAUUGGCUCGCUCUCGAGCAGCACCAAUCACAGCCUUACGACAAAAUACUACCAUGAGAGAAUCGGUAUCUGGAGGUUCACCUAGAGAUUCUGAUGGUUCUAUAAUGGCAGCCCCCCCACCUGAGUGGCAGCGAAGAGCAGAGCAGCUGGUACUCUACGUCAGAGCCUUGCAAUUGCUGUCUUCUGCACUCACUCUAGCAAAACACGAGAAAUCAACCAGUAGACUACAGCCCUCAAAUGCUGUGAAGAAUGUUGUGGGUGUGCUAAAUGACAGAUUUCGUCAAGCAUUGAGUAUCUGCAAGGAAUUGAACAGUUCUGGAGCAGUGACAGCAGUAGAUCCUAAAACAUCCACUAUAACAGCUGACAAAUUAAUUUACAAUUAUGCUAUUGAAAUGUGCCAGAGUGCGGCACUAGAUGAACUCUUUGGAAAACCAGAGGAAUGCUUCCGACGAUACCAAACUGCACAAAUCCUCCUUCAUGCUCUGGCUCAGCAAGUAGCACACGACUCUGACCGUGAUCUUCUCACACGCUACAAGCAGGCCGUCGAAAGACGAUUAUUUCUUCUUCAUGAGCAGGGAGUUGUGCAUGCAUAUAAUACAAAUGAAGCAUAGUAAACUGGAAACAGGUGUGUGUGUGUGUAUUUGUAAAUAAUUCACUCUCUCACACACACACACACACACACACACACACACACAC